AUGACUGUGACCAUCCGUAGUGGCAUUCAAACAGUGAAUUCAUUUAUGCCAGAAUUUAAAGAUGAUGCACACGAAAUGGUUGUUAGUAAGGAUGAAAUAGAAAGUAAACUCAAGGAAGAAGCAUUUGAUGAAGAUCUAAGAACCAAACAUCCUGAAAAAGGAUAUACAAAGCAUGGUGAGAAAGCAAGCAAUGCAAAAGACGCUGCUCCAACUCCAAUUCCAAUGCCAAGACCUCCUCCUCUUUUUUCACAAAGAUUAAAGAAAAAGGGCAAAAAUGGAAAGUUUCUUAAGUUUAUUUUCAUGUUGAAACAACUUUCGGUGAAUGUUACUUUGAUAGAGGUACUAGAACAAAUAAUGGGAUAUGCCAAGUUUAUAAAAGAUCUUGUCAAAAAGAAGGGAACGGUAAGUUUUGAACUUGCUGAUAACUUGCAUCAUUCCCCCAAAUCGACGAUAAUACGGCUCUUGAUGGAAGAUCAUACUGUUAAGAAACCCGUGGGAAUUAUUUACGAUGUUCUAGUUAAGGUUGAAUCAUUCAUAUUUCCUGCCGACUUCAUCAUUCUUGACCGUGAGGUAGACUUUGAUGUUCUUAUCAUCUUGGGUAGACCAUUCUUGGCAACCGGACGUGCUUUGUUAGAUAUGGAAACUGGCCAACUAAAGUUAUGA